CGCAGUUUAGCUUUCCUUCCACUCCCCAUCUCCGUCUCUCCCGAGCCCUAUCCCUCUUACCUUUAACCCUAACACUCACUACAAUAAUGGCCGACAGAGGCGCAGGAGAAAGAGGAGCUUUCCGCCGCGGCUUUGGCGGUGCCUCUCGUGGUGAUCGCGGAGGCAGAGGCCGCCGUCGUGCGCGCCGUGAGGAGGAGGAGAAGUGGGUUCCAGUCACUAAACUUGGCCGCUUGGUGAAGGAUGGCAAGAUCAGAAGUCUAGAGCAAAUUUACCUUCAUUCUCUCCCUAUCAAAGAGCAUCAGAUCAUCGAUACUCUCGUCGGUCCUUCCCUCAAGGAUGAGGUCAUGAAAAUCACUCCUGUGCAGAAACAAACUCGUGCCGGUCAGCGAACUCGGUUCAAGGCCUUUGUCGUCGUGGGGGACGGAAAUGGCCACGUUGGAUUGGGAGUGAAGUGCUCAAAGGAGGUUGCUACUGCCAUCCGUGGUGCCAUCAUAUUGGCCAAAUUAUCUGUAAUCCCUGUUAGGAGGGGUUAUUGGGGUAACAAGAUCGGAAAGCCACACACCGUGCCCUGCAAGGUCACCGGCAAGUGUGGAUCCGUGACUGUGAGAAUGGUGCCUGCACCACGUGGUGCUGGGAUUGUCGCAGCACGGGUUCCCAAGAAGGUUCUGCAGUUUGCUGGAAUAGAGGACGUUUUCACUUCUUCCAGGGGCUCCACCAAGACACUAGGAAAUUUCGUUAAGGCCACUUUUGAUUGUCUCCUGAAAACCUAUGGAUUCUUGACUCCUGACUUUUGGAGGGAGACCCGCUUCACCAGGUCUCCUUUCCAGGAGUACACUGAUCUAUUGGGGAAACCAACUAAAGUCCUAAUUGAAGAUGCAGAGAAAAUCGAAGCUUGAUGUAGACAAUCCAGUCUUGAGUUGUUAAAGUUGAGAAUUUAGUGCCAAACAAUUUCUUGUCAAGUGCUUGGCAUGUCUUGAGACUAUAAGAAUGUUAUCAUUUUGUUUAUAGUUUUGUUGGAGAUUUUUUGGAUUCAGUAAUUAUUUUUGCUUUUUUGAUCA